AUGGCUGUGUAUGAUGUGCUAAACGCUCCUUUGCUGGAGGAAGACAGUUCCUCGUACGGCAACUCAAGCUCAUUUGGAUCGAGCAGCCUAUCGCAUAACGAAAACAUACUUUUGCCAGUCGAGGGCACCUACGACUCAAUGUUCGACGGGAACACGGCGAGCACGCGCAACGGAGUGGACAACACGAGUAUCUGCAAAAGCUACUUCUACGGGCAGCUGGCGAACGUGACGAAGUCGGCAGUCUGGUGGAGCAUGAUAGGAGUGCUGGUGAACAACUUUACGAGCUCGUACUACGGACUGGCAGUUACACGCUGCGCGUUCAACGUCGCGCUGAUCCUAGGGUCGUUCGUGGCAAAUUUGAUAGCAGAGGUCGUGAACAUCAGGAAACUUCUGUGCGUCACCACAAUGUGUAGACUGGUGAUAUGGUCAGUCUUCAUACCGCUGUUCUACUCAGCGUCGCAAACGUACUCGAUGGAGAGGCCGUUCUGGGUGCUGUUUGUGAUUUUGAUGGUGGUGGACGGGUUCCAGGUCUCCCUGUCAAACACGGUGGACCUUGACUACGAGGGAGUGGACAGGAUAUCGCACCAGUAUGACAUAAUUGUGCCGGACAGCCUGCACCAGCACAUGAACAACGUGUACCAGAUGGUCUUUGACUUCUCCUUCAUCUUCGUCUCAGUGCCACUGGGACUCCUCAUCAUGCUGCUGGAUCGUAAUACUGACCUUGGAGACCAGUUCAUACUGAUUGGGGUGUUUGACCUCGUGUUCUUCCUGCUGUCGAUGGUCUCGCUGACCUUCUACGUCUUUGGGAUGCCAGUGAUAAAGUCGUCGCAGUACUUGGCGUACGCCAGGAACCUGAGCCUGUCGCUGUUCUCAGUGCUGAGCGAGUUCUUCAGUAAGCUGAAGGACAACAGGGACGGGUUCAAGAUAAUGCUCAUGAAGCCGCACCUGAUGAGGAAGUUGCUAUAUUUUUCAUUCGAAACAGCAUAUGAAAACUCGAUUUACCUGCUGAUAAUACCACAAUUGGCGUAUAACAACAAGUGGUUUCCGAACAUGGGCACGAGUGGAGUUAACCUGUUCUGCGUGUGUCUCAUAUCACUCAGUAAGCUGGGUACGAGCAUCUACGGCAUUUACAUAACGAACAAGAUAAAAAACGACUCGAGUGACAAUUUGUACCGCUCGAAGCCAGGCACCAUCAUUAAGUGUCUCCUCUUCAGCUCGUUCGCAGUGCUGCUCCUCCCAGUGUCUCUCAUGUUCGAGGACCUGCCGUAUUUUAAAUGGCUGUCGCUGACACUGCUCUCAGUGUCGCUUUUUCUGUUUUUCAUGUUCACGACGCUGCCGAAGAUCACGUACUCUUCAAUACUUCAGUAUAACAUUUCUAACCAUCCUCUCUCAUACAAGCUCUUUGAUUUCGUGGGCACCUUCAUCACACUGGUCGACGCGUUCGUCAUAUUUGGGCUCAGUUUCCUCUUGAGGUUCCCCGGCGGUGAAAUAACCACUGAGAAGAUACUUAUCUACACGUCUGUGUCGUACGUCGUGUACGCCAUAGUUCAAAUUGUAAUGGGUGAGUUUAGAAUUUAUUAA